UCACAUCGGGUAUAAAUUAUCAAAGUGUCAUUAUUCUGAUUCGAAAAUUUAAUAAUAUUAAACAAAUAUCAACAGCUUUUGAAAUUACCUGUAUUCAAAAUUGUAAUCCUUAUACUCUAGAGUCUAGACUUUAGACCAUAAGCGUAGCAAAACCUUCAUUUAUGGAUAUUACCCGAGAGAGAAGCGAGCACCGACGUUUACGUCUUUCCCCUGUUCGAAUAGAUGCUGAAUAUGUAACGACUCUUCGUAAAAAGUGGAGCGACUAUAUUUUGAACCUUUCCAAAACCCCCACUGAGUUGAAACUUGCUAAUGAGCGGGCCAAUCGUGACCUUCAAAUGUCCCGAAGCAACCAAGAAGAAACCAAUUCCAAGAGCAACCAUAAGAAGGCAUUGGAAAACUUAAUCGUCAGUCCGAAAUCCCUCCGACCCUUAACGGCCCUCUACAAUUCUCCCCGAACAACAAGCCGGAUGAAGAAGGCCCUGCAACAAAUGGGUGCAUCUAGGUCACAAUCUCGAGUGGAAUUUCAUUUUCAUCUCUGUCCCCAAUGUGGCUUUGUAAAGUGCCAACUGUCAAAGGAGGAACAUGCGGAGCAGCUCCGUAGGCGGCUAAAAAAACUAUUGUUACAGUAUCCAAGUUUAAUUCCAAAAAAUUGUAAGUUAGGUAAAAAUUGGAAGGCCUGAAUAUAAUUAUACA